GAAGUUUUCAUUCGUCGAAUAGCUAGUGCUACGAGGCUGCCGCUCGGCUGACAUGCGCCCUAGUAACAUACUACUCGACGUUUUCCAAUGCGGAUUAAAGCAAAUUUCUUCAGUCACAAUCAGUCGGUACUAGACCGGUCAGCGCAGUCACCGUAGUUAGAAAACCUGAAGUGUUGGCUUAAAACGUAUAGAAAGCAAGCUGGCUAAAGACUUGUCUUGCGUGUAACAAGUCAACGCGUGACAAACCGUAUUUAAUUUCGAUCUAGCAAAAAAGCCAUGCUAGAUUGUUACUUUUAAGAAUACUUGGGGCUAAAAGGAAUACACUUUGUCCUUCCUGGCUUCAUGUAAACAUGUUUAACAUGAUGCGGUAUAGCGAGUAAGUACUAGUUAUGAAGUCCUCACAUGCUAAUUUGUUUAAGAUAGCACUAAGUUAGCUAGAACUGGCUAGCUAUUUCGCUUUUCAAACGCAACAUGAAUGAAGGCACGAAGGAGCCAUCCACAGCACAGGUUCAUAUGUUCGCAAACUAUCAAGCAGUUAAGUGCAAGUCUCUAAAAUGUCAAGAAUGUAGAUCGACAGUCCUAUCGAAACUGCUGUCCAGCAGAUUGGGUAACAUCAGACAUGUCCUAUCUGUAGGUGUUUUGUAAUGAACUCUGUGUCUCUCCAUCACACACCUGGCUGUGUUGCUGAUUCUGACCAAGGUGUUCCAAGGACUACCAUGCGCGACACCAUGUUAACAUGUGUUUACAUCUGAGCUUAAAGGCUCUUUACCACAAGACUAGUGAUGUCAGAAGAAGCGGAGGCCCCCUCGUCUCCCUCCCCCUCGGUGUCCUCCGUCUCCCUGGUGGAGAUCAAGGAGGAUACCCGCCUGGUGCUCAAAGCCUUCCUCCGCCACUCUCUGGCCGUCCCUCCCGGCGAGCGAGCGGGGAGGGUCGGUGGAGGCUACAGGGACUGCACCAAGUACAGUGCGAGUGUGAAGGACCCCAGGAGGCGGGCGAAGGAUGUGCUGAACUCCCAGGAGGAUGAGGCCAGCUCAGCGAGUGACAAAAGAAGCUUCAAGGACAUCAUAAAGAGACUGCAGCCGCGCCGCUCACUCAGAGACGGCCCAGACCACACCAAAAAAGCUUCCUUGGAGAAGGAAGGAGGGCAGAAAGGCACCAGUCCAGCAGUAUCGCGACUCAGAGACAAACUUGAAGCAGAGCCUUCCUCAGCCUCCUCCACAUCAGAGGAGGAGGGCAGCCAAGUCAAACUAAAGAAAAAGAAGAAAAAGAACAAAUUGAAGAGCCAGAUUUCCUCGUUCUUCAAGAAGAAGGAGGACGUCUGUCAGAGGCCAUCAACACUGUCCAUCAACAAAGAGCCAGAAUCUACCCCUGCCCUCAGCUCUCCCUCACAUCCUCCUGAGUUUUAUGAAGAAGUUGCAGAAACUCUAGACAGGAUUGUUCAGAGGUCUCAUAGUACUAAGAAACCCAGUCCAGUCCUCUCUGCCACCACACCACUCAAACCUGCCCCUGCCCGAGACAAAGACCAGGUGGUGAAGGAGUUAGCACAGGUGCUGUCUAUAGAAGGGGACGCCAUCAACAUUAAGAUCCAGUCUGAUCCGUUCCUGCGCUCCACACUGACUCGUCUCUCCUACCCCUCGUUUGCCAAACUCCUGGACACCUUCGCCAGCGAGGCCCAAGUCCCGGCCCUGCCGGCCAGCCCCACCCUGCGCCGCGUCGCCAUCACCAUGGAGGUGUCGCGCCGAGUCGUCACGGCAACCGGGACGCAGCGCAUGCAGGGCUAUGCAGAGCGCUACAUGGAGAACUUUGCUCCAUGGGUCAAGAGCCAGGGUGGAUGGGAAGGCAUUGUGCAGCUGGAGGAGGUUCUAGAGUAUGACUGAACACCAUGCAGCACCCGGGGCAGAUGGGACAUGUGGUUUACUCUCCCAGCUCCCCCAGUCUCCCAGCUCCCCCAGUCUCCCAGCUCCCCCAGUCUCCCUGCUCCCCCAGUCUCCCUGCUCCCCCAGUCU